AGCCAAUUUGGCUCAAGUCUCAAGCCAUUUUGGCCGAAGAGUGAUGUACCAAGCUGUGGCAAGAUCGCAACCUCGCGUCCGAACAGGAUGUCCGUUUUAUUCCCCUCAGGAGUGGUGGUGAGGUCGAAGGCAUUCGCCCGUGCAAGACACUUCCCACCCGCUUGGUUCUUGGCACUUCUCGCGUCGGUCGCGAUCCCGUCAUGGCGACUCCUUGCGCUUUGCUUGAGACGGGGAUACCGCGGACACCUCUGGCAUUGCCUCCGGACCUGCAUGUGCGGUCUGAUCGGCAAGAAGAUGUGCAUAGAAAAGAGAGAAGUCGAUCCGUUCGUGCGGGAGCCGUUCGAAAAGUUGUACGAGUUGCACCGGCACGUUGCGACCAGUACUUUCGGACGGGUGUACGAGUGCCGCCAGAAGAAUGGCAUAGUCACGGAAUCCAAGGGUGGUUGCAUGCUCCUCGUAAAGAUGGUCCCCAAGGAGGCGCACCCUCUGAUCAGAGAGGCCACCACCAGUGCGCGGAAGCGUGUUUCCAUCAACGGUGAUUUCUCCAGAAUUGUAGAGCACACGACAGAAGAUAGGCCGGAAGAGGCGAUCGAAUUCCGCAACUACAUGUCCCAGUUGUUGCGACUGGACCAUCGACAUGUUGUGAGAUAUCAGCAGUUUGUUGCAGAUUGCACGAACUUCUAUUUCGUCAUGGAGCGGUGCCAUGGUGUCGAGCUCGUGGAGCAUCUGUUGAUCGAGCGCACGUGGUGUGAGUCGAUGGGUCGAGCGAUCAUCAGGCAGACCCUCGAGGCCCUGCGCUACAUCCACGACGACAUCGGCCUUGUGCAUCGCGACGUGAAGCUCGAAAAUCUGAUGGUCCAGCGCUUGGGCGCCGAGCCGGGCACUCGUUGCGACGUCAAUCUGAAGCUUGUUGACUUUGGCCUCGGCUGCCAGUUGGCCUCCGCCAGCGGGACCGUGGGCACGCCGGGCUACAUCGCCCCAGAGUGCUUCGCCCGCCGCGGCUCCUACGGAGCCAACGCGGACGUCUUCUCGGCUGGCGUUGUGCUGUACAUCCUCUUCACGGGCUCCCCGCCUUUCCGGGCGCCCGUCAACAUUCGGCACAUCUCGGAGCACUUGAAGACGGUGUGGGACGGCCCGGACGUGAGCCUGACCACGUCCAAAGUCAGUCAGAGCGGCUGUGACCUGCUCGAUUCCAUGCUGUUGCCCAACCCUGCAUCGCGCAUCAGCUCAGCAGAGGCUGUGCAGCACCCCUGGUUCCAGAUGGACCUGGGCUGCGACGAGCGUGUCCUGUGGCACUCCAGCGCCAGCGAGGUGCAGUUCCUCAAGGUAAUGGGCAUGUGGAGCGGCAGCGGCUCGAAGAGCAGCUCGACGAUUGGCAGAGGGCACUCGUUGGACAAGAUCCAGGAGUCGGCCGGAGGCGAUGAGGAGGAGUUACUCGAAGCCCUUUGCAGCAGCGUUGUGCAUAUGAUGCCCACCGCGGUUUGCGUGGCAGACCCAACCAAAGGCGAUUGCCCCAUCGUCGCAGUUUCCAGGGGCUUCACUGCCCUCACUGGCUUCAGGGAGGAUGACAUAGUGGGGAGGAAUUGUCGCUUCUUGAGCGCAAAGCGGACGAAGGAGGUGUUGCCUGAGACGCGCGAGGGCAUGAGACGGGCAACCCGUGAACACACCCCUUUCCUGGGCGUGGUCCCCAACUGUAGAGCAGACGGCUCGAAUUUCAGCAAUCUUCUCCACAUCUCCCCGCUGGAUAUAGGCUCAAAGGUUUUCCUGCUCGGGGUGCAGAUGAAGGUUGAAGAGGGCACUGUAUUUGAAGAGGAGCGGCAUCGCAGGGAAGCCCUGGACGUCGUGCGCAAGGCUCACGGUGCAAUCCGCCACUGGAUCCGCAGCUCGCAGGGUCGUUUCGCUGCCCGGAAGCUUGUCGAGGUGAGCGUACACUCGCCGAAGAAGCCCAGAAGCGUGCCCGAGAGCUUCGAGAUUAGACGCGCGGACUCUUUUUAGGUUUCAAGUUAUUUGUGGCUACUCCCCGGGAGUCCCCUUCGACCUGACAGUACCUCCAACGGAGCUCCUCCUGGGUGUCGACGCCCACCACUCAACUUCGGAGUCUCUGGGCUUCUCCUGUAGUGCGUGUAUAACGUAACCAGCGAUUGGGUCCCCUGGCCUGGGAGCCCCCACUUUUGCAAAACUCCCCCACCCACUCUGCGCCAGGCGGCAGUCCCCAGGGCCAGCGGGCCGUUUUCACGGCCUUUGGAGGGGCCCCCCAGAGACCUCCAGGGCGGCUCCAGUGGGCGCCAAGAGGCCGCCAAUGGACCGACCUGGCCAAGGAGGCUCUUGGAUGGCGUCAAGCUGACCAGAAGAGAUCACAAGGACCGCGCGAGCGAG